AUGGUGCGACACGCCCGCCCCCUCCCCCCUCUUGCCCAGCAACCGGACUCGCAUCAGACAGCCACGCGUACUUACCCAGAGGGUCGGGCAGGACGAGGGGUGGAAACCGAUUCGUGGGACAUAACUACGGAGAGGUGGAAGCUGUUUUAUAACUUUUUACUCGAAGCUAUGGUGUUGCAGAUAAACCUCUGCUCUCCUUUACUUGCGAGCAGCCCAAGCGCUGUCAACAAACAAACACAUGAGCAAUGGCCGGCGUGUAGUCAAACAAUGUUUUCCUCAGCAUUUAAAUUAGAGUGGCAAUCGUACCUGAUGCUUGGAAUUGUUUUGGGAACAUAG